AUGGGUACUGCAACCUCCAAACUUGUUGAGAGCGGGGUAUUGCAAGGCGCAUAUGCCCCACCUGUUGAAGGACUGGCUGUCCCUGCACCUUUGGAAGGAGGCAAAGAAUGUGAGGUUGUCAUCCCAAAAGACAAGAAAAAGGGUGAUACGUUCCUGUAUGAUGUUGGAAAAGGUCGAAUGGAGACUUUGACAGUGCCCAAAGGAAAGAAACCUGGCGACACAAUCAUGCAUCGAACCAUGGGAGAAAUUGAGAAGGUCAUUGCAAGCACUUUGCACGCCAUUCCAGGCUUUAUCGUAAUCCAAAGUAAGCCUGUCAUUUGGUCCACUGCUUCAAAAGCCUUCUUCAAAGCUUCGUGGAAUGAUCAAAAGGAGAAUCUGUCUAUGGCCAAAGCCAUUGGAAAGCUCAUGCAAGAAGCACAAGAAAGCAUGCUAUCAAAGGCUAUUGAUCUCGGAUGCAACGCUGUCCUAGGUAUGACAGUCAACAUCACAACCGACAGCAGUGGAUCAGAAGGAAACUCAAAACUUGUCAUUGUCACAGUUUGUGGAACACCAUGUGCGGUUUGUCCCGCAGGAGAUAUUCCUGCCGUCAAGGCAGAUGUUGUUGUGGAACCACUAUACCUAAAUCAGGUCUUGUAG